AUGCCCGGAUUCUUUUCCACGACGGAGGUGAGGCCCGCGAACACGUCCGGCAGCGGUAGCGCUCGGCGGCCUGGUUUGGGCGGCGUCGGCGCGGCGGUCGAGGCGGGGCCGACUCGGACGGCACUCGAAAAGAACCACAGCGACACAACCGUCAUUUUUGCUGACAACCUGCUGGCCAUCACCUCGGCAGCAGACUCACCGCGUGGCGUCGCCCUCCUGCAGUGUGUCGGCAGCGGCGGCACGAUGUACAACGUCAAGCCGCGCAUGUGCCUGCUCGGCCAACCAACCCGGGCAAAGGUCUUUGUGGCGACGGAGAACGAGGACUGGGUGUUUGGCCUAGACAGAGCUGAGGCCAUUAGGAACAUUACUUCCCGCCUCGGUCUCCACGAUGCGGUGGCGGAGGAUCUGUACGAAAAGCGGGAGUUCGACCAGUCGUACGAGAGCCACGACGCAGCGUGGAAGGCCAUCAACGGCAGUCGGGGCGCAACCACCAUUGUCCUCCGCAACGCGCUUCUCUCGCGCCGCCAGGGAACAGUUGUCUCGUACAACCGCAAUGCAUCCAACUCGAGCUCGUGGACCAUCCAUCUUGUUGCUGCUCACGGCAUCGAUGCUGAUCGUCGGCUGGCUCGGCCGGGCCUCCUCGGCCUCCUCACCGUCGGCGCCGUUCUCUCGCUGCACAUCAACAGCGAGCUCGGCAACCUGCUCUGGUGCAUUGCUUUCAGCGGCGCAGCCAGCGCUGGCAUUGCGGGCUACGCCAGCCCGACCAUUAUCCCCUCCAGCAAGUCCCCGGAAGAGCGGGCCAAGUUCAUCCGCAUAGCCCGUAUGCUCCCCGACGCCGACUGGGACGCCGUCCACACCGCUGUUGCCGAGAUCGGCUCAAGCAUCCUCGACAAGCGUCCGUUGCCCGGAUUUGUCACCAACUCUGCCGAGCUGAAGUCGGCGGUGGACAACUCGACCGCGAGGCAGGCGCCCCUCACCGCCGAGCUCCACGCCCUUUUUGCCGACCAGCGGUGGCAGCUCCUCAACCGGCUGGUCAACGCUGAGCAGUCACGAGCGCUGGCAAAGGAGCUUGAGGCCAUCGCGUUGCCUGCGGAUGACCAUCACGAGCACCGAUCGACAACUGGACGGGUCGAGACCCUGUUUCUAGCGCCAAAGACGACGGCGGUGUUUGCACCCGUAUCAAGCCCGGACCUCAUCGGACUGCUGCUCAACGAGGACUUGGCCGGCGGCGACGCCAAGAAGGACGAGUCUGCGCUCAGCAUGGUCGAGUGGAUUGAGAAGGUAAUCUCUCUUCCGCUCACGCAUCACGGGCUCAUCCAGUGGAUCUUGGGCGUGGCGGCGGGCGGCGGGAGGCGCGACAUGGAAGCGUUCGAGGCCAUGGACGAGCUGACGGUGGUGGAGAAGAUCGCAACGUUCUGCCUUGCGCAGCAGUGUCCGAAUGCGAUGACCGCCGAUGUGCUCCGCGGCACGUUCAAGCUUCCUCCGCAGAUUGAGGCCUUUGCCUUUCGGGUCAACGGACAGUACGGCAUCCAUGUGAUCUCAUCACUCAAGCACUCGACGAUGCGCGAGCUCGGGUUUCCGAUGGUGGAAGUGGACGUGAGCUGGCUGGUGGCGAGCUCGUUCCAGGAUCAGGAGCUGUACUCGGAGAUUGUGCGGCACUUUAGCCCCGAGACCCUCUUUGUCUACGUCCGUGGGCUGGAGAGCAUCCCGGACCGGACCGUCAAGUGGCUCGCCGAGUACACUCGACGGGCGAUCUUCCACUACGUGAUGCUGGAGGAUACGGUGACGGUGUUCAACCACUGCGAAGACCGCGACCGUAUGUGCACUCGUCACGCCAUUCCGCGCUCGCUCGCCGAGGAGCGACUGGUGCCCACGAGCACGGCAGCCAAGCGAGUCCUUGCUCUCGUCCCCUACACGCCGAUUGACUCGGCAGCGGCGGGCAUCAGCCACAUCCGCGGCGCUGAGAUGUCGUUCAACUCUGCGCUCAACGCAACGUGGGAGGGCGAGCUGGCAAAGAUGCUGCAGCCAAACUCGGGUGUUAACGUGGCGGUUGUGAUCUCGUCACCCGGAGCCGGCAAGACGUACACGGUGACGGUGAUGCGCAAGAAACGAGGGGCGGCAGUGGUGCCGAUCAUCGACGCGUCGUCGCCGGACUUGGUCAGGGUCUCGCUCAAGAGCUGGCUCGACAACCAUCUCGGCGACACGGCGGAGAUCCUCAUUGUCGACGAGUACCAUCGGCUCGACGAGUAUCAGAAGGCCAGUCUCUUUGAUUGGAUCCAUCUCACCCUCCUCGCCCAGCCGCACCUCAAGGUGGUCAUGAUUGGCAACCGGCAUUCAGCCUACGACGAUCGGCUCAUCGAAGACUUUUCUGCUGCCAGCAAGAUGACCACCGAGCUCCUCUGGUGCCGACUGAGCAUCGCCAAGGCCGUGACUGGCAUUACGCCGGCCAUCAACUCGCACAAGCAGGGCAUCUUUCUCACCAUCUACUUUACCGCCGCGCGCAACCUCUUUGGCGACGAGGCUAUCUCGCUCCGCAACCGGUCGGAUCUCCUCGCCAUGGCGGCUCAGCCGACCAUCUCCGUCUCGAACCUCGCUGCGCUCGUCCUCGACAAGAUGCCGACCAUCGGCGAGUGUUUUGCCGCCCUCUUUGCCUGCGAAGUCGUCGAGCUCACCGAGCGUGUGGUGCUUGACAUGGACAAGCGCGGCGCAUCGUCGACGCCUGGCGAGUACGACAUGUACGCCGCCGAGGUUCGCAAGAUGGCGCUGAGCGAGUGGAUCCCGAGGCGCGGGAACGAAAAGCCCGAGGCACUUUUGGUGGGUGCUGCGGUGCUCUCGAGCGAUACGCUGAGCUACCCCGAGCUGAAGGUUGCGUCGCGAUCGGAGCUCCAUCCGGGCGGGUUGCUGAUGGCGUGGGCCAAGAUGACGUGCGAUGAGGCGGAUUCGAUAGCGGCCAAAGUGUUCAAGUACGACUCGGUGCUGCGGAUGAAGCUCGUGGAGCAGGUCGGCUUCCCGCUGGUCGAGGGCGUGGGCCUCGAGUCGACGAUGGGCCCCGAGUGCGAGACGCUGACCUUGGUGGGUGACUACACCGAUCUGCCGUUCAUGAUCGACAACCUUGCUCGCGGCCACACCUUUGAUUGGCCCGGGCAGGUCAAGCCGGUGUGGCAGCGACACUACGUCCAGUCGGCCGAGGCGUUUAAUGAGCUUCUCUCGGUUGCUCCGCGCCCGAACCUUGUCCUCGACGCGAUCGAUUCCCAAAACCUGGCCAACUUGCUGCAGACGUACCCGGAUCCGGCGUUUGCCCACCGCGUGGCCAAGAACCUCACCGCUCACCAGUUUAGCACGGUCAUUGCGGGCCUCAGCGAGACUGACGCGCACUUGAUCCCAACCUGGAUGCACGAGGCAAAGUGCCACGCCAGCUGGGUGCUCGUCGUCGACGUGUGGGCCCGGGACGGCGGUGAUGCCAAAAUCGAAGAGCUCUUGGCCGACAUUAGCCUCUCGCUCGGGGUUAUUCUCAUGUGGGCGGCCGAGAACGCCGCGCCAUUUGCACGCGUUGGCUCGCUGGCCGAGGCUGAGGCUUGCGAGGCCAAGCUCAUCAGCUCACUUGUUCAGCUUGUCCACUCACUCUUUUCCGACUCGCCGGCGAGCGAUGGCGAUGUCAUGACACCGCCGUUUGUGGCGCUUUUCCGAUCGUGCUUUGCCCCGCUGCUGGGCGAAGUUCUGACUUGCCUCGCCGAGGAGGGGGCAUCUGAGAAGGCAGCGGCUCUUGCGCUUGUCUGCGCCAACGGCGAGUACCCGACCCCAGAGACAUGGCCGUCGGCGGUCAAGAUCAUUGGGCGGAUGCUGCACAACAACGCGCUCCCGCAGGACUCGGAGCUCGAGGUGCAAGGUGUGCUUGAUCUGCUCAUUGAUGACAGCGGGGCAUGGCCGUCACUGGUGCUUGCGGGCGCUGAACAGAUGAGCAAGAGCAUAGCCGCGAUGGCAAUCCAGCUCAUCGGCAGAGUGCUCAAGAUGCAGAGUCUGCCGCGAGUGUGGCAGAUCGCAUUCUGCCGCGGCGGCGAGCUGGUCAAGAAGGCGAUGGGUGAGACAAGCAUGCCAGAUUUGCGGCGGCGACUGGAUUCUGCCAUCAAGGAGCUCCCGGCAGCGGCCAUCGAUAUUGGCAAGCACAAGCUUGAGGAGGAGAUCGUGGGCCUCAAGGCUCGGCACGUUGAGGCAGCAAGGAUGCGGAUGCAGCGGCGGAGAGAUGUGGUCGAGUCGGCGUCCGCCAUCUCAUACCAGGCGCAGAUGAAGUACAUGGAUCGGGCGGGGCUAAGCUCGAGCGACAAGGGCCAUCGGCGGAUCACGCAGUUCUACAACAACUACGCCUUGGCCGAGCCGUCCGAGUGGCCAGACGAAGAAGCCAAGGCGUGCAAGAACCCAGCGGAUGCCAAGUUUGACCUCGGCCGCCCGGGCGCCUUUGUUGGCCGACGCAUUGUGCUCGGCGUCUUCCUCCGCCGCACGCUAGCCAGCGGCGCCAGCUUUGAAGAAGAUCUCGCCUUGUUCAAGAUCGCUCUGGAGGCCAAGGGCUUUGUCUACGAAGUCAUCCAUGAUGAAAACGUGUUCGCCGACCGCCUCCUGGGCGGGAACGUCGACGAGGCGUGGCUCAUCUCGGGCUCGGCGAACAACGUGUACAAGAAGUAUCCGACCGAGGACGGGCGGUCGGCGAUGUGGACCAAGCUGGCACAUGCGUGCCUCGUGCACCAUCUAGCAGGCAAGGGGCUGUAUCUUGGCGCCGAUGAAGAUCCAUACUUGGCGCACGCCAACGUGGUGCUCUCAGCGCUCUAUGCCACCGCUGAUGUGGCCGGAUCAAGCAGCGGCGCGCGCGCGGUGCCUUACUUUGCUGGAAACGACCCAGGCCAAGCCAUUCUUGAGCCCAAGGGGACGCCCGGUAAGGACGACGAUGCCACGUUUAGCACGGGUCUCUUCCUCACCACGGGCCUGCAGCAGAUCUUCGAGGGUGUGACGGUCUCAUCAGUGCUUGGCCUCUCGGGCGUGAGUGCCGUGCUCCACCCAAAGCUGACGCCCAAGAACACGAUCGCCUGCCGCGAGAGCCACAGGAUCAGGGACGGGAUACACGGGCGCAUCUUUAUGGACGGCGGGUACACCAAGCUGCUGAACGGCGAGUUUAAGGAGGCUGGAACGGAGCGGAUGGUCGGUAACGUGGCAGUUUGGCUGCUCAACAUCGACCCUGUGGUCAAGCUCAACAAGAAGCACGGGUUCCGGCUGCGACCUGUUUUGGAUGACGGCGCGCGGGCCGAGUGGGAGGCAGUGAUGGAGAAGGCGAAGCAAGUUGCCGAUGCGCGGAUGGCGACGUGGGUUCUCGAGGCGCCCGUGCCGAAGGUUGUUCCGGUCGACAUCGUCUUUUCUAUCGACGCCUCCUCCUCGAUGAGGGGUUCCGGGCUGGCUGCAGUCACCUCCUGGGCCAAGAACUUUGUCGAUCGACACAGCCGCCGCUUUGAUGUGGGCGAGAAGAAGCCGCGCGGGGCGGUGCCGCGCUUUGCCAUCGUCACCUUUGCCGGCCCUAAUGGUAUGCACUCGAAGCGGAUCUCAGGCUUUGACGACUCGACGAAAACGAUCAAGACGAAGCUAGACUCGCUCAAGGCUAGCGGCAUGACCAGCUACAGGACGGGUCUUGGGCUCGCCCACGAAGUCAUUGCGGAGGACGCGUCCAACGACGGACGGCGGGCGUAUGCAGUGGUCUUCCUCACGGAUGGGCAGCCGUCCCAUUGGGAUACCGAGAUGGAAAGCGUCCACUUGAUCCGCACCGAGCUUGAGACGCAAUUCAGCGCCAAGAUUGUGACGGUCUCGAUGGAGAUCGCGGCAGAUGCCAAGGCGAUCGUGCAUGAGCGGCUGACGCACGUGGCUUCGCUCCCACGAACUUGGACGACUACUUGGUGA